AUGCCAAAGUCAAAGUUAACCAGUCCUUGCUCUAUUCAUAAUUGUGAUAAAAAUUCUAACAAUUUUAGAUGUUUAUCUGAUAGAGCUAUAGAAAAAGCAACUACUAAAGGAAAUCUUCAAAGAUAUCCUUAUUUACAACAAGUUGAAACAAAUAUCAUACCAGCAUUUUCAACAUCCUCUGACAUAAAUUUAUCAUUUGAUGAUAAAAUAAGCAAAAGACUACAGUAUUAUACAAUAAGAGGCAUGAUAGUCCUAUAUUUGAUCCUGAUGAGUUUAAUAAAAUGCUUAAAGAUAAUGAUUUAA